UUAUUCUCACCGAUUACUUUUUGUUCUUGUAGACCAAAAAUCCUAAUAAUUGGCAUUGCUGACAGGGUUACUGUGUGAGUGGUUGUCCACAUCUGAAAACCACCACUCAUCUCCCUCACAAUUUCUUGGUGUGGAAUACACUCUCAAUCUCAAAUAUAUUGGUGGAUUCAAUUUUCUGGGUGAGGCUCAAGUUCUUCAAUCAUCACUCUUUAAAAUUGAUGAGUUAAAGUCACAAUUAUCUUACCAAUGGGGGACGUAGCAAAAGACUUAACAGCUGGGACUUUCGGGGGAGCAGCACAGUUAGUUUGUGGACACCCCUUUGAUACCAUCAAGGUUAAGCUCCAGAGCCAGCCUGCACCAUUACCCGGCCAGCCUCCCAAGUUUGCUGGUGCAAUGGAUGCUGUCAGGCAGACAUUGGCUGCAGAAGGCACAAGGGGUUUAUACAAAGGCAUGGGAGCUCCUCUUGCCACUGUGGCGGCCUUUAAUGCUGUUCUUUUCGCAGUGAGGGGACAAAUGGAGGCAUUGUUGAGAUCUCAACCUGGUGUCCCACUUACUGUUAGCCAGCAGAUUGUUUGUGGAGCCGGCGCUGGAGUCGCUGUUUCUUUUCUUGCUUGCCCAACUGAAUUAAUCAAAUGCAGGUUGCAAGCACAGAGUGCAUUAGCAGGUUCUGGCACAGCAGCUGUUGCAGUGAAGUAUGCAGGGCCAAUGGAUGUAGCGAGUCAUGUUCUCAAAUCAGAAGGCGGUGCGAGGGGUCUUUUCAAGGGUAUGGUGCCUACCUUGGCACGUGAGGUUCCCGGAAAUGCUGCUCUGUUUGGGAUGUAUGAAUUGUUGAAACAAUCCCUUGCUGGGGGGCAGGAUACUUCCCAGUUGGGGAGGGGCUCUUUGAUGUUGGCUGGAGGCUUGGCUGGAGCAUCAUUUUGGGCACUGGUAUAUCCUACUGAUGUCGUCAAGAGCGUUCUUCAGGUUGAUGAUUACAGAAAUCCCAAGUUUAGUGGCUCCAUCAAUGCUUUUAGAACGAUCUUGGCUUCCGAAGGUGUCAAAGGCUUGUACAAGGGUUUUGGACCUGCCAUGGCCCGAAGUGUUCCUGCAAAUGCAGCAUGCUUCUUGGUGUACGAGGUUACAAGGUCGAGUUUGGGCUGAUUGAUUUAGCUACUAGCAAUUCAUUACUAUUGACUCUGAAUAAAUCCUCACCGUAUUGCUAAUCGGAAAGUCAUCGUAUUGUUCUUUUCA